AGCAGUGCGAAAGAUAGAUCAUGAGGCCCACGGGAAGAGCCCUCGCCGCCGUGGCCACGGCGGUAGUAGCAGCAAAGGGAGCUCAGGCCUUCGUGGCGCCAAGUGGCCCCUCCUGUCCUUCUUCCUUGCGAGCAGGAGCGACCUCUCGACAGCAACAGCAACAACCGUACACGUGCUCGGCUACCAACAACCGACGGUCUCGACGAGCCCCUCCGCCGCCGUUAGCAGCGGCGGAGGCGGAGGCGGCGGCAGGCAGAGGGGCGGAAGAGGAUGACCAUUGUCCUCCUGCCGAUGCCGCUAGGGAGGGGAAGGGGCGAUGGGCAAGGGCCCGCAGGUCUCUCGCGCGCGGGGCAGCCUCCCUGGCGACCUUCACAGUGGGGGCGACCGCCCUGUCGGGGAUGUCUGCCGACGUGCAGCACAGGCUCAACAGCCGCGAUGGCGCUGCGGUGGUGGUGUCAAUCCCGGCCGCUAUGGAGUCAGCGGAAGCCUCUGUGCUCAGGCCGUUCGAGAAGCGCACCGUGGAGGAGAAGCUGGCAAACCUCCCGGCCUUCAUGGUGACCAACAAGAAGGGCUCGCCCUACCUUUCGCCCACAAAACCGGGCGAACCCCAGAUGGCUGUUUUCUUUACCAACGUCGACGAUGCGAAGGAGAUGCUCAUGGAGAUGGUGCAGGAGUCGACCUACCAGAAUGAAGCACGCAUUCUUGUUGUGAGCAUGGAGAAGGCUUACGGCAUGGUGAAGGCGGGGCCGAAGCUGACCGGGUGA